AUGACAGCUCCGGUCAAAAAAAUUUCUGUAAGAGAAAAAGAGCUAUCAGAACGAAAAACACCAUGGGCAUCAGUCUAUGUCAUUGCCUUUCUCCUUCUGUUAACUGGAAUUCAGAUGAGUAUAUACUUCACUUCUACGUGGCAGUAUUUAUCAGAAAAUGAUGAAAGUGUGACAGUGGACUUUUUCGGAGUCCUUCUAGCUUUGCAAGCACUGUCUUCUGCAUUUGCAAAUCCUCUUUUUGGAUAUUGGAAUCAAAUUUCAACGUCCACUAGAAAACCAGUAUUCUGUGCAUGUGCAAUUGCAGGAUUCGGGAAUCUUCUCUAUGCAUUUGCUUAUCUAGCACCUCCAUAUGUCAAAUGGGUUAUGUUAUUCUCGAGAAUUCUCACUGGAUUCAGUCCUGGUGCUCUCGGCGUUCUUAGAAGUUUCAUUGGAACAGCGAGUACUCAAGAAGACCGGAUGAAGGCAGUGUCUAUAACCAAUGCUGGAUUUACUGCUGGAUUCUUUCUAGGACCAACUAUACAGAUUUGUUUCAUUCCACUUGGAAAAUAUGGAUUCAACAUCGGUCCAUUUAUAAUAAACAUGUAUACAUCUGCUGCUCUAUUCAUGACAAUUAUCAGUGCGAUUUCAAUAAUUUUGACCUAUUUCUUCCUGGAAGAAAACUACGUGGGAAUUAUCAGUGAAGAGGAAAAGAGCCAAGAUCCGUAUUUUGUACUUCCGAAGUUCGACAGAUUACCAGUUCUUCUUCUGUUUUACAUGUGGUGGCUUAUGUGUGGAGUUGUUUGCGUGGAGAGUAUGGCAGCUCCUGUAACAAUUGCAAUGUAUAAUUGGAGCAGAGAGGAUGCUGUACUUUACAAUGGAAUCAUUCAAACGGUUUCUUGUGUUUUCACCUUCAUCGUCAACUUCAGUCUUGCUGCUACUAAAUUGAAAACUGUCGACAACCGCCUUCUUCUCCUAGCUGGACUGGGUUUCUUCAAACUAUUCUUCGUGUUGCACAUGCCACUUCCAUUCUAUACAGGACCACUCGAUCGUCUGGGAACUCUGAAUUCUACAAUUUCAGAAAUCGGAAGAUGUGAAUUUGAUUGGUGUGAUGAUACUCCAAGAGUUCCACUUCCUCUAUAUUUGUUGAUUUCUUCGGCAAUCAUUGGAUUAGGUUUUCCAUUGAUUUCGUCAACUUCAAGCUCUUUAUUGAGCCAGAUAAUUGGUCCGAGGAAGCAGGGAACCGUCCAAGGAUUCUUCGCGUUUACGGGUGCGUUUUCUCAAUUUGUUGUUUCCCUUUUCUCAACUCGUCUAUUCGAACUGAGUGGUUAUAAAUGGAUAAUGGUAUAUCACUGGACUAUUGUCACUGUCGCAAUAAUCUCAACUCUUCUCCUUUGGCGUCGUCUCGUUCCUUUAAAAAUUACACCAAGUCAUGGAGAAGCAACUCGUUAUAAACUGGGUACAUUCUACAGAAUGUAG